GUACAGUGAGAAAUCUGAAAAGGCGUCGGCUUGAUUAUAAUACGUAUAGUAUUUGUUACGUGACUUGGUGUGAUAUAUUUUGGGGACGUAUAACCGUUUCAUUUUAGUUGAGUCCGAUUAAGUAUUUAAUUCCUUGACAAGGAGAAACAAUGAGUUCCGAAUCCCCAGUGAACGUAAAGAAAUUGAAGGUGUCGGAGUUAAAAGAGGAGCUAAAGAAAAGGCGGUUAAGUGAUAAAGGAUUGAAAGCUGAGCUCAUGGAAAGACUGCAGGCCGCUUUGGACGAGGAGACAGAGGCGGGAGGGGCAGUCUCCAAAACAGAAAAAGAGGCUCCCGAAGGCAACGACCCGGAGCAAGGCGGCGAGGAAGAGGAGGACGAGGAGGAAGGCAUGGAGCUUGGCGGGGAAAACGGAGGAGCUGACUCCCAAGAGUCGAAAGAGGGAGCUGCAGAUGCUGAACCGGCGGAAGCACCGGUGGUAGAGGAGGACGAAGAGAAUGGAGACGACCAGGGUUUCCAGGAAGGAGAGGAGGAGGAAGAAGAGGAUGAGGAUGAUGAAGGUAUUCCUGUGGGCUUAGAGGAAGAGGAUGGCGGUGAGGAGGCAGAAGAUGGCUCCAGCCAGGACAAAGAUGGAUCUGCCAGCGGGCCUCGGCCUCUUAUGGCAAUCAAGUGCGACGAAGCAGGAGGCUCCGGGAGAGGCGAUGGCAAAGAUCAGAAGGAUAAGAAAAGGGGCGUGAAAAGGCCACGCGAAGACCAUGGUCGUGGCUAUUUUGAGUAUAUUGAAGAAAACAAGUAUAACAGAGCAAAAUCUCCUCAACCUCCAGUUGAAGAGGAAGAAGAGACAUUGGAUGAAAACAUGGUCCUUCUUGAUUCUUAUAACUGUGAUCUUCACUUCAAAAUCGCCAGAGAUCGCUUAAGUGCAUCUUCACUUACAAUGGAGAGCUUUGCAUUUCUCUGGGCUGGAGGAAGAGCUACCUUUGGUGUCAACAAGGGCAAAGUUUGCUUUGAGAUGAAGGUAACAGAGAAAAUACCUGUGAAGCAUCUGUACACAAAAGAUAUUGAUGCACAUGAAGUACGUGUUGGCUGGUCAUUGAGCUCGUGUGGACUUAUGUUAGGCGAAGAUGAAAAUUCUUAUGGGUAUUCUCUGAAAGCCUCAAAAUCCACCAAUGGGGUGUCAGAAGAAUAUGGAGAGAAAUAUGACGAGAAUGAUGUAAUUGCUUGUUUUGUUAACUUCGAAAGUGAGGAAAUCGAGCUUUCUUUUGCGAAGAAUGGUCAGGAUCUUGGCGUGGCUUUUAAGAUAAGCAAAGAUGAACUCUCAGAAAAGGCACUUUUUCCACAUGUUCUCUGUCACAACUGUGCUGUUGAGUUUAAUUUUGGUCAGAUGGAAAAACCUUUCUCCUCUGUCCCAGAGGAAUAUAAAUUUAUUCAGAGUGUUCCAUUAGAAGAUCGUGUCAGAGGACCUACUGGACCAGAGCAGAAGAAAGACUGUGAAGUGAUAAUGAUGAUUGGACUGCCUGGAGCUGGAAAAACUACAUGGGUCAAUAAACAAACUGCUGACAAUCCUGGGAAGUAUAAUGUACUUGGAACAAACAGCAUCUUGGAAAAAAUGAUGGUUGGCAAUAAGAAGCUAAUGUCUGAUACUGCAAAAAUGAAUUCAUUUCUUCAAAGGGCUCCCCUAUGCCUUAGCAAAUUUAUUGAGAUAGCCGCUCGUAAGAAGAGACACUACAUCCUUGACCAAACAAAUGUGUCUGCUGUUGCACAGAGAAGGAAAAUGUGCCUCUUUGCAGGCUUCCAACGCAAAGCUGUUGUUGUUAUCCCAAGUGAAGAUAACUAUAAAGAAAGAAGUCAGAAAAAAGCUGAAGUAGAAGGGAAAGAUCUACCAGAACAUGCUGUUCUCAAAAUGAAAGGAAACUUCACUCUUCCAGAAUCCACAGAUUGCUUUGAUGAAAUAACAUAUGCGGAAUUGCAGAAAGAAGAAGGGGAGAAACUUUUAGAGCAGUACAAGGAAGAGAGCAAGAAAGCGCUUCCACAAGAAAAAAAGCAAAAUCUUGGUAUUAAGAAAGUAAACAAGAACAAAAACAACAAGCCAAGGGGUGCUAUGGGCCAUGGACAUGGACCAAGGGGUCGUGGAAGUGGAGGCUACAAUGUGCGUGGUGGUGGCUUUAGAGGCGGAGCACCAGUGAACCGUGGUCAAUAUAACAGAAGGGGUAACAUGCCACCACGUGGAGGUGGUGGUGCAGUUGGUUAUCCAUAUCCUCGUCCACCUGCUUAUACCAACCGUGGUGGCUACAAUAACCGUGGAAACUACAGUCGUGGAGGUGGAGGAAUGCAAAGCCGUGGGGGCUAUAAUCAGAACUUUAGAGGAAGGGGAAACAACCGUGGCUACAAAAACCACUCUCAGGGCUACAGCCAGUGGCAACAACAGGGCCAAUACUGGGGUCAAAAGCCAUGGAGCCAGCAGUACCACCAAGGAUAUUAUUGAAUACCCAAUAAAAAAAAAAAAAAAUGAACUGAUACAUAUUUCUCUUCAAAACCUUCACAAGAAGUCGACUGUUUUCUUUAGGCUAACUUUUAAACAAAAAAAAACAAAACAAAAAAACAUUCCACAAGAGGAAGUGCCUGCGGGUUCUUUAAUUUUUUUUAUGUUCUAUUUUAAGUUGCUUUAUGGGUUGGAUUAACUUUUUUUUUUUUUUUUUUUUUUUUAAUUUUUUUUGUGUAAAUUUUUAAUUGCAGUUUUAAAGAACCUCAGCAAUGUGCACAAUGAGAGAAUGUGUCAGUAUUUCAGGGUUCUACAUUUUUUAUCUGUAAUGUGCUAUUUUUUACCAUAUUGAAAGUAAAAGAUGUUUCUUUGUACCCGCGUGUCUUUUAUUAAGGAAUUAAAACUCCAUUUAAGUGUUCAGUACAAGGGAGCUUAGUGGAAAUGUGCUGUCACAAUGCUUUUUAAAAGUUGGCAGUCAGAUUGUAGAGACUUUGUGAAUGGCUUUGGUGACUUAACACGAAAAAUGCAAUUUAAUUAACUGUUGCGCACCAUCCCUUCAAGGAGAGGAACCCACUCUGGCAUGACGGUUUGAAAGUUCCUUGCAGAAUAAUAUUCAAAAUAAACUUUCUGAGCAAAAUAGUGGGGUUGGGUGUUAAUAGCUCUUAAAUGUUUUCUUUACCUUUUGGAAACCGCAGAGACUUUAACUUGUGAAGGUUCAACAUCAUUUCUUUGUUAUGCAUUUUGAUUAUAUGAAGAAAAGGCUGUCUGCCUGUUUCUUAUUAAACUUGUUGUAAAUCUA